GUAAAUGUAAAACCAGCUGUAGAGGGCGGUGACCGUGCUCUAAGGACAAUUCCGUGCCCCUGGGCGGGACAGAUCUAAGUUGGGAGCAGCUGUGAGCAGGAGACCUCCAAGAUGAGGCCGGCUCUUGCCCUGUGCUUUCUCUGGCAGGCUUUCUGGCACCAGCCGAGCCAUGGUGAGCACCCCACCGCCGACCGCACCGGCUGCUCCACCUCGGGGGCCUGCUACAGCCUGCACCACUCGAGCAUCAAGCGGCAGGCGGCCCAAGAGGCCUGCAACCUGCGCGGUGGGGCUCUCAGCACUGUCCGCGGGGGCACUGAGCUCCGUACAGUGCUCGCUCUACUGCGGGCAGGCCCCGGGCCUGGAGGGGGCUCCAAAGACCUUCUGUUCUGGGUGGCGCUGGAGCGCGGGCGAUCCCACUGCACCUUGAAGGAUGAGCCAUUGCGGGGUUUCUCCUGGUUGUCCUCCGACGUCAGCGAGUCGGAAAUCGACACGCUGCCGUGGGUGCAGGAGCCUCAACUCUCCUGCACUUCGAGGAGUUGCGCUGGACUCCAGGCCACCGCGGGGGUCAAGCCCGAAGGCUGGAAGGAGAUGCGCUGUCACACACGCGCCAACGGCUACCUGUGCAAGUACCAGUUUGAGGGCUUGUGCCCCGCACCGCGCCCCGGCGCCGCCUCUAACUUGAGCUACCGCACGCCCUACCAGCUGCACAGCUCGGCACUGGACUUCAGUCCCCCGGAGACCAAGGUGAGUGCGCUCUGCCCCGGGCAGCAAUCCAUCACAGCCACCUGCAUCGUGGACGAGGUCGGCGCUCGCUGGAACGGGAUACCCCCCGGGGCUGUGCUCUGUCCCUGUCCUGGGGGGUACAUCCGUGCUGGCAAAUGUGCGGAGCUCAAUGAUUGCCUAGAUGACUUGGAAGGCUUUGUCUGCGAGUGUGCUGUGGGCUUCGUGCUGGGGAAAAACGGACGCUCUUGUGUAACCAAUGGAGAAGAACAGCCGAACCCUGCGGGAACCAAAGUGCCUACCAGGCACCCGCCGGCCACUGGAACCAGCCCCAUGCCAAGGAGAACGUGGUCACCCAGGGUCCAUGAGAAACAAGGAGAGAAAACUCACAUCCCUGGACAAGGCAGUUCAGCAACAUAUAUUCCCGAGACUCCUGGGUGGGAAGCACAGAGCACAUUGCCUACUCUUCACUUGUCCCUUCAAACCAACUCAAAGGCCUCCAUCACUUCUUCAGGAAGCGUUAUUCCCACGUCUAAUUCGUCUUCCGCUGACAUUCCCCAGGCUUUGGACUCCUCCUCCACCGUGGUCUUCAUACUUGUGAGCAUAGCAGUAGUAGUGUUGGUGAUCUUGACCAUGACUGUACUGGGGCUUUUCAAACUGUGUUUUCACAAAAGCCCUUCUUCCCGGUCACGAAAGGGGACUUUGGCCUCUCCUGGUGUGGAAAGUGAUGCUGAGGUCACCGCUCUGCGCUGCAGUUCUGCACACAAUGCAGACAAUGGGGUGAAGGUCGCAGUCUGCGGGACAGAACAGAGGGCGCCUCACUGACUGGGUCUUCUUUGGGCUCCGGAGAUACAUAGGGAAACGGGACAGUGAGCACUUACUGUGUGCAGUUUUACACUUUCAAUAAAAAGGGAAAAGGAAAAAAGGAACUUAUCUGUGGGACUGAUAACUUCUAUAUAAGUUCCCUUCUCUAAAUACCCUCUACUCCACGGAGGAGGAGUACAUCUGAACUGGCCGCUCCUUCUCUAAUACUGUAAAGGUGGAAGUGCCUUACAUUGGUACAGGGGCCCAGGAUUCUACUGGGGAGAGGUAUUUUCUUGUGUUUGUCCUGGGGAUUUCAAGAAGUGAUUGAACCUUUUAAGACGUUGGAGGCAAACAGAAAACAAUACAAUUUUUAAAAAUUUUAUUUUUACCUUGAUGGAAAGAAAAACUCUGCCUACUCUGUUCAGACUGGGAGUAUAUUGGUUUAAAAUUCCCAGGCAAACAAUAAAGGAUUGAUGCUAACCCAGGCUCAAAUAUCAUUUGUUUCCUGGAGGAGUGAUUUUUUUAGGAAGAGCUCCUGAGGGGCACGCUGGGCACUGCAAAGAAAGUACUUUCUGCUUUAUGUUGAGGGGAAAGCUUUAAGUUUGUAUGAGGAGGAGCAGAAGUUUAAGAACUAGUAACUUUUCAUUUUUUUCUUUGUUUUUUCAUACUUUGGUUUCAAAGUCACUGCUAUGAGUGCACUGUGCUAUAAAUCCAAACUGUAGUGUUGCCAGCAUUGCUGGCUCUAGAAGCAAAUUAUAGUUGACCACCAAUUCAAGUGUUUACUCUGUGCCCUUGCUGGAGGAAACAAAUGAUUUUUUACUCUUCCAGUGUUUGUGCUCUCCAGUGUAAUGACCUUCCCAACCAGAUAGCCCUCUCCUAAAUAUCGGGAUGCUGAUCCACAUUUCCAGUGAUGGCAAUGUUAAUUUUCAAUGAAAACAUUAAUGCUAAGUAUUGAUUUGAAAUCUUCUAGGCACAUUCAAGCAAAAGUAAGCUGGAUUUCCUCCAAAGUUGCUAGCCUUGUGUGCACUGUUCAAUCCAUGGAAAAACUCAAAUUCCAGACCAUUUCCUCCUCCCUUAAUAAAAACCUGUUCAGUUACCAUACAUGAUCAUAUUGGAAUGAUUUUAAUUUAAUAAGUGUCUAUAUGUGCAAAAGCAUGGCAAAUGGCUUUUCAUAAGAAUUAACAGUAUAAAAAUAAAUGGUAAAUACAAAUACCUGUCAUCCUGUUAUGACUUGGGAUAUUAAAAAGUAAUGUAAAUGAAGCAUUCCUCUGGAAAGCAGUCAAGACACAAUAAUAAUCACUACCUGGUAAAACAGAGAUGCCUAGAAAAUAUCUCUCUUCUAAUAGCAUGACAAGUCUUAAAACGAAGUGUAUGGGGGUUGCUGCAUGGAGACAGAUAAAGAAACAAGCUUAGCAACCAUAAAGAAUAAAAAUAGGAAGUUUAUACUAUAUUUUUAUAAAACUAUUUUGAUAUUCUUGAGUGUGCAAUGUAUAAAGUACAUUCAGGGGUGGGCAAAAAUAGAUUUACAAAAUUGUGAGUACAUGAAACAGUUUAUUAUUGUAUUUAUGUAUCUAUUAUUCUAUUAUUAUUUAUUAUUUUUAAUCCACUUUUGCCAACCCCUGUAUAUAUAAUAUAUAUAGUAUUAACACAUUAAAGGAAUAAAGCAAUGGAUAAUCUGCUUCAUAUGUUAAAAAUUUGUCUAAGUAGUUGCAUUUAAAUAAAAUCAUAAAUGAUUAGAAUUAAUAUUCAAAGGAAUUUUCAAUAAAUAAAUAAAUCAUUUUACAAACAAAUGAGAAGAUAAGUAGGUUCAGCUCGAUUACUCUAUUAUUUUCUUCUAUACUUCCCCUUGUAAGUAGAUCAGUAAAGAAUUACAGAAAAUUAUUUCAUAUUUUCAUAUAAUUUCCUUCUAUUUCUGGCUAUGAAGUCUUUCAUGACAUUUUGAAUUGAUGGCAGAAUCAGACAAGCCAAGCAUGAUGCUUAAUGGUCAAUGUCCUUGCUCUGUACUACUCUUCCACAUUCACUUCAUUAUGUCUCCAACCUCUUUGAGGUUCAUUCCUUUCUUACUUAAAACCCUCUGCCCCCACACUCAUCUCAUAGCAUCUGUUCAGUCAUUUCCUUACAAGAAAAACUUGGAACCUAACUUAACAGUCUCUCUCUCAAGCCCAAGCCCUGCUAUCAUCUUACACAAUCUCAAAGUCAUGACUCAUGCAUGACUCUUCCAAUGCCCAUGCAUUUCGGUUCCUUAACUUCCUCACUUCCAGUGACCUCCACUUCAUUUCUGCCAUCUACUCCAACAGUCAUACCUUAACCUUUCAGAGGAUUCUGACACUGCUCUACAUCUGCAAACACAAAUUCAGGCAUUCAUGUGUGUGUGCACGCAUAUACGUUGAAACUUGUAUAUUAAUGAAUUUUGCCACUGAUUAGAAGUAAACUAUUAUUGAACUUUGAGAUUCCUUCUUUUUUAAUAUAAUAAA